AUGGUGGUGAUUUUGGGCAAAUUAGCGCUACUUGUAGCAUUUGCGGUUCUUUUUGUCGUAUUCAGGGAAGUCUAUAUUCGAUGGGAAUUAAUUCACUUGGCUAAAAAGCAUCGUACAAAGCCUCCAACCAGGUUGCUUGAUUCAUUUCCUCUAGGUAUUGCUAAUUUUCGUAAGGCUCGUCAAGCCUCGGUUCGUAAUGAGACUUGUGACUUUAUGAUGAAUCUUUUCAAGUCAGGACAUGACACACUUCAUGAUGAGGUCAUGGGUCUCAACAGAAUUGUCACAAGAGAUCCAGAAAACGUUAAGGCAGUCUUGGCUACCAAUUUCAAGGAUUUUUCGCUUGGUCUUCGUCAUGGUGCGUUUUACCCUUUGCUGGGAGAUGGUAUUUUUACGCUUAGUGGAGAAGGCUGGAAGCAUUCACGAGCAUUAUUGCGUCCUCAGUUCUCGAGACAACAAGUAUCUCAGCUCAAUUCUCUUAAUGAACAUGUUGAUCAAUUGAUUCGAAACUUCAAGCGCGAUAGUAAUCAAGACAAUGGCCGUGGAUUUGGCUUUUUUGACGCACAAGUCUACUUCCAUAAUUUGACUUUGGAUACUGCGACUGAGUUUUUGUUUGGUGAAAGUGUAGACUCUCUAUCAAAUGGUAACCGGCAAGUUCAAGGUCCUGAGAUUAAGGUUACUGCCCAGGAAUUUGCUGAAUGUUUUAAUGGCAGUCUCAAGACAUUACGAUUGAGGAUCCAACUAGGCAAAUUAUCAUUCUUGGCUAAUCCUGACCAUUUCAAGCAUGAAGUGAAGAUUUGUCACAACUUUGUUGAUUACUUCGUACACAAAACAUUGGCUGAAACAGAAAAGGAAAAAGCGGACUCUGGUGAUCAAGAGUUUUCAUAUAUUUUCAUAGAACAGCUUGCCAAACAAACGAGAGACCCUAAGGUGAUUCGUGACCAAGCAUUCAAUAUUCUUCUUGCUGGGCGAGACACUACUGCGUCGUUGCUCUCUUUUGCUUUGUUUAUUCUCGCUCGGGACAAGCGUGUUUGGAAUAAACUCAGAGACGAAGUUCUGACAACGUUCGGCAACGACUCGAGUAAAAUUACUUUUGAGUCCCUAAAACGAUCAACCUAUCUCACCAAUACAAUCAAUGAGGUACUCCGUUUAUUCCCAAUUGUUCCCUCGAACUCACGCAUGGCUAUAGCUGACACGAUUCUUCCUAGGGGAGGAGGUGAAGACGAAUCGAGCCCUGUGUUCGUCAAGAAAGGGACCACUGUAAGCUACGUGGUCUAUGUUAUGCAGCGUACGAAGAAAUACUGGGGAGAAGAUGCGGAAGAUUUCCGCCCCGAGAGGUGGGAGGAAGGCAAGCUUCACAUGUGGGAUUACCUGCCAUUUAAUGGUGGGCCGAGAAUCUGCCUGGGACAACAGUUUGCAUUGACUGAGAUCUCAUUCACACUGGUUCGCAUUCUUCAGACUUUUAGAGACGUUGAACCACAUCCAGAUGCUACCCCAUCUUUUAAAGAUCUCCGUGGACUUCAUAGUUUAACUUUAUCUGUUGCUGAAGGAGUAUGGCUAAGAUUGAUUGAGUAG